UGUUAUGUUUCGUCGUUCUUAGUUUCGGAACCUAUAUUGCAGACAUGUUUGAAAAUGCAAUUUGGUUUUGUGUGGUUUUGGGUCUUUCAGGUGCCCCAAAUCCCGUUUUGGUGUCUAAUUCAACAUCGGUGGUUGCAAACGAUGCCUUAAAAUUGACGUGCACUCAUAUCUCGGCGACUAUUGUGACAUUGUUGCGAAAGCCGAUAGGAGGCAGUUUUUUCGACGAUACUCUCAUAGCAACCUCGGGCAGCUCAUGUGGGCUUUUUCCAACUCAAUUACCGGACGUCUUUGCUGAAUGCGCUUGUGCUGGUUCUACAUUUUUCUGUAUCCUCAAACCUUUGUCACUGGCAAACAACGGUGAUAAAUGGAAGUGCUCUGUAUCUGUCGGUGGUGAAACAAAAGAAAGCCAGGAAAUAACAAUUGCAGUGACAGCAAAGUAAGACGAAUACUUCAUACUUUACUCGGCAUGAAUAACACUCAGAUUAUUAACUCGGAAUCGUUAGAUAAAUGACUCAAACAAUCCUGAUUGCAGACGUGCACAUUGACAUUAUGAUAUAAUGCUAAUAAAAUAUAUUACAUAAAACAUAUGAAUUUUAAAGUAAUAAAAUAUGUAUUAUUAA